GAAGUAAAUAUGUAUGCUUGAAAAAUCUGUUAAAUUGCGAACACUUGUUUAUAUUUAUAAGUAUAUCAACCAGAAUCAGCUACUGCGAAGAUGUCGGUGGUGGACGCAGUCGUAGAGCCAAAGCUUCUUCCGUGCAGCUUUCAAUUUCACAGCUUUCACGAUAAACUGAACGAGGUUAGCAUUGACUGUCAAAUUGUUAAAAUGGAAAAAAGUUUAUAUCUGUGGAUCGGUGAUCACAAUGAUCAAAGCAUGAAAGACUUGGCUCUGGCCAUCUCCUUAGUAAAUAACGACAAAAAAUCCACAGUAUCCACGAAAAUUCUUGGACCUAUAGCCGAUGAGUUGUCCUCCAACAUAGCCAGCCGGUUAUCCAAAAAAACAGGCAAGCCUGUUUAUGUUAGUUUUAACUUGAACGUCGACAAUCUUACCUUGCCUCUUGUGGAAAGGAGAAUCCAUCAGGAGUUGAAAGAUAAUGCCCAGCUACUGGAUAUUUAGCACCUAUUAUUUAUUUCACAUUUUACAUCAAUGUAUAUACAAAGUAACAGCUACUAAUCCGUGAUAAUUUUUUUUACUACUACCUAUUUUCUUUAA